AUGGCCCGCUCGACAGCCUCAACGGCAGGCUCAGCAGACUCACCGGCAGGCUCAGCGGGCUCAACGGCCCGCUCUACAGCCUCGACGGCAGGCUCGACAGCCUCAACGGCAGGCUCAGCGGAAGCAGGCUCGGUAGCAGCGCUCGACAGCAGGCUCAGCAGCGUCAGCGACAGGCUCAGCGGGCUCAACGAUCCGCUCGACAGCCUCAACGGCAGGCUCAGCAAGCUCAACGGCAGGCUCCGCAGCCGCAACCGCAGGCUCUGCAGCCUCGACGGCAGGCUUUACGGCCUCAACCGCAGGCUCAGCAGAAGCAGGCUCAACAGUAGCAGGCUCGAUAGCAGGCUCGGUAGCAGGCUCGGUAGCACGCUCGGUAGCAUGCUCGGUAGCAGGCUCACCAGCAGCGUCAGCGGCAGGCUCAGCAACCUCUCCCGCGUCAACUUCCGCUUGAGCCCCAACAACGACAGGCUCGACAGCAGGCUCAGCAGCGUCAGCGACAGGCUCAGCGGGCUCAACGGCCGGCUCGACAGCCUCAACCGAAGGCUCAGCAGAUUCAACGGCAGGCUCCACAGCCGCAACCGCAGGCUCUGCAGCCUCGACGGCAGGCUCGACAGCCUCAACCGCAGGCUCAGCAGAAGCAGGCUCAGAGGAAGCAGGCUCGGUAGCAGGCUCGGUAGCAGGCUUACCAGCAGGCUCACCAGUAGGCUCACCAGCAGCGUCGGCGGCAGGCUCAGCAACCUCUCCCGCGUCAACCUCCGCUUGAGCCCCAACAACGACAGGCUCGACGGCAGGCUCAGCAGCGUCGGCGGCAGGCUCAGCAACCUCUCCCGCGUCAACCUCCGCUUGAGCCCCAACAACGACAGGCUCGACGGCAGGCUCAGCAGCGUCGGCGGCAGGCUCAGCAACCUCUCCCGCGUCAACCUCCGCUUGAGCCCCAACAACGACAGGCUCGACGGCAGGCUCAGCAGCGUCGGCGGCAGGCUCAGCGGGCUCAACGACCCGCUCGACAGCCUCAACCGAAGGCUCAGCAGACUCAACGGCAGGCUCCGCAGCCGCAACCGCAGGCUCUACAGCCUCGACGGCAGGCUCGACGGCCUCAACCGCAGGCUCAGCAGAAGCAAGCUCAACAGUAGCAGGCUCGGUAGCAGGCUCGGUAGCAGGCUCACCAGCAGGCUCACCAGCAGCGUCAGCGGUAGGCUCAGCAACCUCUCCCGCGUCAACCUCCGCUUGAGCCUCAACAACGACAGGCUCGACAGCAGGCUCAGCAGCGCCGGCGACAGGCUCAGCGGGCUCAACGGCCGGCUCGACAGCCUCAACGGCAGGCUCAGAGGAAGCAGGCUCGGCUCGGUAGCAGGCUCGGUAGCAGGCUCACCAGCAGGCUCACCAGCAGCGUCAGCGGUAGGCUCAGCAACCUCUCCCGCGUCAACCUCCGCGUGAGCCUCAACAACGACAGGCUCGACAGCAGGCUCAGCAGCGUCGGCGACAGGCUCAGCGAGCGCAACGGCCGGCUCGACAACCUCAACGGCAGGCUCAACAGCAGGCUCAGCAGCAGGCUCAACGGCACGCUCGGUGUGAUCCUCCUCCUCCACCUCGAUGGGCGUCUCAGCAGGCGUUUCCGCGGCCGAGGCAGCGCCCUCAGCCGGGACUUCGUCGGUGGCGGCGGCUUCUGGGACAGACUCGGCUGCCGCCGCGUCCUCAGCGAC